GCGCCCCCGCCCCCUCCCGGACCAGACGCACCCAGCGCAGGGCACGCACGGGCAGAUCGAGGCAGGCAGGCAGGCACAGGCGCCGUAGCCGAGACCGGGAACCCCGACGGGCCAAGCACCACCACCGCCACCAACCCUAGCUACCCAGUCGACGGCCGCCAUGCAGCAGCGUCCAGCGUGCCGCCGCCCCGCGCUCUGACGCCCGCCGUCGGACGCCGGUCGCCGUCGUGGUCUAGCGAGCGAGAGAGCGUUUCUUUCUUGGUACAGGGUAGGGUGUUGUGAAGAUCAAGAUAUAUGGGCGUGAGCCUGCUGAGGAAGCAGCACUCGUCGGCGGCGGGGGGCUCGAGCGGCGGCUCGUCGAUGCCGCCCAAGGGGUGCAUGGCGGUGCGCGUGGUGGGGCCGGGCGGCCGCGCGGAGGAGGAGGAGCGGUUCGUGGUGCCGGUGGGCUACCUCAAGCACCCGCUCUUCGUGGGCCUCCUCAAGGAGGCCGAGGAGGAGUACGGCUUCCAGCAGCAGGGCGCCAUCACCAUCCCCUGCGGCGUCGACAACUUCCGCCGCGUGCAGGCCGUCAUCGACGGCCAGCGGCACGGCGGCUCCGGCUCCGGCCGCCUCGUCUCCGGCGGCCACCACCACCACGGCUCCUCCUCGGGCCACCUCCACUUCCACCUCGCCGCCUGCUUCAGGGCCUGAGAUCCGCCCGUCGACGCGGAUCUCGCGCCCCCUCGCCGGCCGGAUAGACGCCAUCCCCAUGGACGCAUGCAUCUCCGGCCCAGUCUCGUUGCUUUGUUAAUUAGAGUCUAGAUUGUCAGGUAUGUGAUGAUCGAAGGAUCAUGAGUGGGUUGAGUGCUAGCUAGCGUUGUUCGGGUCUGCGGGCGGGCGUGUUGGGACUUGGAAACACAGAUGGAUCAUCCGGACUCCGCUCCAGCUUGUGGCGAUGAUCCAUCGACGAUGAUGAAAAUCGAAGAUAUUUCAGUGCCUAUAAUAGAUUAACCAGAUGUUCUCGUGUCCCUUUCCUCUA